AAGACUAUUUUGUAAACGGGGUUAUAAAAACAGACCAUAAAUAUGUACAUCCCGUAGUGUUUGAUCUGGUAGUACAUUAUUACAGAUAAAACAGAUCAAAAAUAUCAGACCUUAAAAAUCCAUUAUGUGUGUGUCACAGGACAUUUUCAUAAAAAGGAUGAAAUUUCAGAACUCUAGCCAGAUGGUGGGAAUGCGAUCUAAUUUUCCAAGACUUUGUCUUUUAUUUAAUAACAUUUACCUUGGUCUAUUUCAGAUGAUGGGGGAUAUACCAGUCUAUAACCCGUCUGUCCCCUACGUAGACUUCAUUCCAGCCGGGAUGACCCCCAAACGGACCAUCAUCAUCAGAGGCAUGGUGCCCUAUGGAGCCAAUAGGUUCACCAUUAACUUCAAGGUGGCUGGGUCUGAUGACAUCGCCUUCCACCUGACCCCCCGGGUGAUGGAGGGGGUGGUGAUGCGAAACAGCUACCUGGAGGGCUAUUGGGGAGAGGAGGAGAAUGAUAUUAAUUUCUGUCCCUUCCAGGAGGGACAGUACUUUGAAAUCUCCAUACGAUGCGGGAAUCGGCGCUACAAGGUCUAUGUGAACGGACAGCACCUGUGCAACUUCAGCCACCGCAUCCAUCCAUUUGGAAAGGUUGACCGGCUGGAGGUUAUUGGGGAUGUGCAGCUCUCCUACAUCCACUUCUGAGAUUGAAACACUGCCCCCUGCUGGUCGGAGAUCCCUUCACAUGGCCCCAAUUCUCUCCUCAAAGCAUCGAGUGAUGCUUCUGUCUGUCAUCUACCUAAGUAAAGGUUAUACUAAUUAUAUAACCUGAAUAAACCUUGAAUAACAUGUCUGGCUUUCUUACUGCGUACGCAUGGAGCUUUACUGUAUUUUAUC